GAACAACCACGGAACUAAUUUAGUUCAUACCUUUCCCUCGUUCGGCUGUUGCGUGGCAGCCAUCAGGGGAAAAAACAAAAAAAAACGCCAAAGGUUGAAGGUUGAAACAUCGUCAAGUGUUAAGGCCUCUAGCAAAGAGUCAACUGACCCCAAUUUAUUUCUCUCCGCACUUCACUUCGCCAGCUUCCCGUCCAUAGAAUGUUGUUGCGACGUUAAUUACCUCUUUUCUUUGCCAACCGUAUUGUCUCUCUCCGCGUCAAUAUUCGCCUAUGCUAAAUCUUCAAUCGCGUUCGAUUUCCCUCGAUUUUGGACCGACCAUUAGCAAUGGCGGGCUCCAGUGGUCUGUGAUCGUGGGUUGGGGGUGUCUGAUCUGGUAUACAACCGUGGUCUUGGUUUGCUAUCUGGGAUACUUUCAAAUAUGGCGAUACUUUCUCCAAAGACCCCGGAAAUCCCACUCCGCGACUGCCUCCGACGCUCCCCAUGUUACUGCAAUCCGACCCGUCAAAGGUCUCGAGCCGAAUCUGUAUGAUUGUCUGGCCUCGACCUUCCGUCAGGACUACCCUGCCGACAAACUGACCGUCUAUUUUUGUGUCGCAUCUCGAAACGAUCCUGGCUACCCAACUCUGCAAAAGCUUGUGUCUGAUUUUCCACACGCCGGUGCACGCAUCUUCAUCGAGGAAGAGGAUCCUUUGCUCCAGCCAAAUGGAGAACGUAUCUACGAUCUGGGACCAAAUCCGAAGAUUCGGAACAUGAGCCGGGCUUAUAGAGAGGCCAAGGGUGAUAUUGUCUGGAUCAUAGAUUGCAAUGUUUGGGUAGGCAAAGGCGUCUGUGGGAGGAUGGUCGACCGGCUUUGCGGAUUUGGUGCUACUUCGGGCAAAAAGUACAAAUUUGUGCAUCACUUGCCGCUUGUAGUGGACGUCACUAGCGGUGCCAAUUCGACAGAGGAGCAAGAUGCACUUGUAGAGUCUUAUACCAACGGCGAUGCAGAUUCAAACAGCGAUAUGUCCUCAGCACCGAUUAUCACCAAACGCGAACAGGGCACUCUUGCGGCAGGUGGAGGCCGUUUAGAAGAAUUGUUUCUUUCGUCUUCUCAUGCAAAAAUGUACACCGCAAUCAACACAGUUCUCAUCGCACCCUGUAUCGUGGGCAAAUCCAACAUGUUCCGGCGGUCGCACCUCGACUAUCUCACAACGCCGUCCCCUACCGAUCCCAAGAAGCGCAACCCUGGUAUCGAUUACUUUUCCGACAAUAUCUGUGAGGAUCAUCUGAUUGGGGACCUACUGUGGAAGAAUCGCGUCCGCGAGGAGAAAGAGAAAGGCGAGCGGUUCGGCAAGCAUAGCAUGGUCUUCGGAGAUCUGGCGAUCCAGCCUGUGGGAAACAUGAGCGUUGGGGAUUACAUCGCACGGCGGGUUCGUUGGCUACGUGUCCGCAAGUUCACCGUUCUCCUAGCGACCUUAGUCGAGCCGGGCACGGAGUCCUUACUGUGCUCAUGUUACGGCGCCUGGGGAGUGACCACGUCCUUGGCUCAAUUCCUACAGGAAAAAGGGUUCUGCUGUGCAACUUAUAUGACCACAUGGACUGCCUUCUUCGCGUUUUUCUUCCUCAGCCUGGCCGUCUGGAUACUGACCGAUUGGACGCUGUAUAUCAAGUUGCAUUCCGCCAAAUCUGUUGAGCUCGAUGAGGACACGCCAUCUUUUGCACGGCCUCCGUCUCACUGCUUAACUAGACGAACUUUCUUUCAAUGGUUCUCGGCGUGGCUUGGACGCGAGUGCUUAGCCCUCCCUAUAUGGAUCUGGGCCUUCUACGGUGGCGUAACCGUUACCUGGCGCAGCCGUCGAUUCCGAGUCGGACUAGACAUGAAAGUUCGAGAAAUUGAUAGUGAAAAGACGCCCCAGCCUAACUCCAAACAAGCCCCAGGCAGUCAAGGGAAUUGAAAGAUAGCCAGGAUGGGAUGCCGCACGCCGAAG